UAGCCUUAGGCUCGAUUUUCCCUCUCAAAACAAAAUUCCCGAUCCGUUGAAAUGUCGAGAAGAAAAUCGGUGGUUGCAACCCCGGAACCAACUACGGCCCUUCUCCGUAGAUCUGCGAGGCUUAGCUUCUUGAAGAAUCGUGAUGAUUUCCAGAAACCCGGAAAAGGUCGGUUAUUGGGUUCGGAUUCGGAUUCGAAUUCUGCAGCGGAUCCAAUUGAGGGCGAAGAAGCUGCGAAGAAGAAGAACCAUCGGGAUAUCGUUAGUGAAGUAGCGAUGAGGUUAGUAUAUCCAUUGGUUGGUUCAAGUUUUGGUGCUAAUUCGAAGAAAUCUCGGGAAUCGAAUGGUUCGAGGGAUGUGUUUUGUUCGUUAAGGCGAUCUCCUAGGUUUUCAAGCAGGGGAUGCUCCAAUGCCGAAGGAGAGAAAUCUACUCAAUGUAGCUCCAGUAAGCCUUCGUCUGCUUCAUUAUCUCGCAGGAAUCCGGUUACUGCGUCAAGGGCAUCUCAUGGAUUGAACAGUUCCAACAAGGGUUCUUGUACGCUGAGACGAUCACCCGUAUUUUCGAAUGGGGGAGAUUCUUGGGGUCAAUCUUCUUUGGACGGGAAGGAUUUGGCUAUAAAUGUUUGUGCCAGAUGUACUACAAAAUCUGAAGAAGGGAUCGGUGAUGGUUCUUAUACACUGAGACGGUCACCCAGAUUUUCUAGUGGAGGAGGUUCUGUGGGUCAAUCUUCUUCGGACAGGAAGAAGUUGGGCAAAAGUGUUUUAGCUAGAUGUAAUAAGAAAUCUGAAGAAGGGAAAGGUAAACACGUCCCCGAUUCAAGCCACAAAAUUUGCACGAGAAGGAGAAGUUGUAUACGUUCACAGACUAAGCAGAUACUUGGAGCUUGUGAUGAAGGGAUAGCGAGUGUUUGCCCACGCGAAAAUAAAAGGAGGAAAAGCACAGUGAGUGCUCAACCAAAUGGAUACUGCAGAGAGGAAAAAAAUGCUAUGAGUAACUUGACCUUCGAUUCGACUGGAGAGUUUACAGGUGAGAAGAAACGGGAGAUAGUUUUAGGUUUACAUUCACGGACGAGCUUAGCAUCUGAUAGAGGCACUGUUAGGUCUUUGGUAAAAGCUGAUGAAGAACAGAGGACAAAAAGUGACAUAAUUGAUAGUAGAUUAGAAGAGGAUAGACUGAAGAUGAUGAACAACAAACUUGAUGGAGAAAGUAAUUGUGGGCCUGUUCAAGGGUGGGCAAAGGAGCAAGAAUUGGCUUUGCAGAAAGCUUAUUUUACAGCCAAGCCUAGCCCUAACUUCUGGAAGAAGGUUUCGAAACUGGUACCUGGAAAAUCUGCGCAGGAAUGUUUUGAUAGAGUGCACUCGGACCUUAUCACCCCUCGUCAACCUCAGCCUCGUUCAAGAGCCAAGAAAGUGAACUUGUCACCAAUUCCACAAUUUUCGCUUUCUGCAAGCAAACUGCUGAAACCUACCAGACCAAAGUCUAAAAUGUCGGGUCAACGCAAUCGACGCAGAAACCAUUUCGCAAAGAAAACUAUCAGACAUUUGCUGGAGAAGCAAUGUCAUGUGGAUCAAGGACAUGGGUUGGAUCUGUUUUCGGUCCUCGAGCGCAGCACUGAAAGCUACGUGCUUUCAACUCCUUCCGACAAAAGGGGAAGCCUUCGGAAAAUCCUAGAGAGAUCAUCUUCUGCACAGAAGAAACCGUGUUCAAGAUUCACAACUACUCUGACCAGUCCCCCAGUGCUAAAGCAGAUAAAAAACAAGGCACAGCACGAGAAAUACAUAGAUCAGUUGCAUCUAAGGGAAGCUAAGAGGAAAGCCGAGUCUGCUAAGGGUUGCGGUAAAGAGAAUAUCAAACCUAAUGAUGUUCAGAAGUCGGUGAGAGCGGUCAAAGACGCCCUCAUCUUAGACGUGAAAGAUGCGAUCGAAAAGCUUAAAGGUGUAGAAGCUGAUUGUUCAUCCAGUUCUUCAGAAUUCGGAUACGACCGUGAUGAAGAAGAAGAUGAAGCAACGGGACUGUAACCAAGAUUAUUAUGAUAGUAUGGUGAGAAUUGCAACCAUCUUGUUGCAUUAAGGAAUUGUUCCGUGUAGAUACAUUCCUUGGGAAUUGAGAGUAGAGACACCAAACCAUGUAGAGUAUUUCACUUAAUUCAGACAAACGAUCCUUGAUUUGGAUGGA